AUGGAAAAAGUGGUAGAGCAGCUUAUACAAGUUGCAGCAAAAAAGGGAUUGAAGAUAAACGAGGAAAAAAGUAAAUUUAUGAGAAUAGGGACGUGUCAGGCGGAAACGAGGCUAGAAAUAACGAAUCCGAAUAAGACUAAAAUGGCAAUCAAAGUAAGGUUGUUGGCAAGCAGGCACGUCGUGAAUAACAGGUGCAAAAACGAGACACCACAAAGUUUAAAAACAAGACAAUUGCCAGGUAAAAAACAAGACAGCUUCUAUACCUCUGAUAAUAAUGCCGAAGGUUUACGUUCCCAAAAAGCGCCCCUACGACAAAAAGAAAAUGGAAACAGCCCUAAAACUAAUAGAAAUGCAGCUAAACAGUUUAAAAUUGACAAAUCUGCUCUUUCGAGAAGACGUACUCGUUCACUUGGUAAACAGGGAAGAAAAACUUCUCUAACUAAAGAAAUGGAAGUAGACUUAAGUGAUAAGAUAAAAAUUAUGGCAAAAUGGGGGUUUGCUCUCACUAAACUAGAGAUACAAGCUAUAGUUCAAACCUAUGUACAAGAAAACCACCUUACUACCCAGUUUAAGGAAGGAAAGCCCGGGAAAGAUUGGUUUAAAAAUUUUUGUAAGCGCAAUAGACUAAGUCAAAAAAACGCAAAAACGCAAGUUUACUACGUAGCACAAAUGCUUAAAGUCUUUGAGAGCGAUGUAGAAGUAAAAUAUCUGAGGCGCAAAGGAUUUAAAUUUAUUUUUCCGGCCAUUGAGGAAAAGUACUUCAUCGACAAAAGUGACAUAGAAAUGAAACUUCCCCAGCCAGAAAUAGAAAUGUCAAGCUAUGAGCUGCUGAGAUAUUGUAAAGUAGCGACAGGAUAUGGUUUUGUAAUAACACUAAUGUUGCUGGCAGUAGGAAGAGCGAUACGUGUGCUUAGGAAAUGGUUGGAAAUUCUAGAAAAUGCAUUUAGUUCACUCAACUCAAUACUACGAGCUACAUAUUUUCCUGAAAAUUCUAUACAGGGCGUUGUACUGUUUCCGACCUCACCUAUCUACGAAAACACCGAUCAAACAAAAAAUAAUGUUCAAGAUAGAAACAGAUGGGCUUUGAUUGCUUUGCCAUGGCAAGAGCCUCAAGAGAGUCCGGCAUUUUUAUGUAAUUACUUCUGUUACUCGUUAGUACUUUUAAGAAUCUUCGGACUGUUUUGGAUGCAGUUGAUUCUGAAACCCCAGCAAAAUGUUCAGCAACAGUUAAAAAACUUCCAUUGCGCAGUGCUAACAACAGCUGCUGUUGGGGCGUUAAGCAGUUAUUCCUGGAAUGACAAAGUCAUAAAAACCCAAACGGUCUUGCGGUUGCCCUCGAAUGCCUUCUUACGACUAGCAGAGCAGUUUCAGAAGGUUUUCCAUCUAGACGUGGAUCCGGGUUGGUCUACCAUAUACGUCCCAAGAGGGAAGGCAAAUCAUGUUUUGAAUGCUGAACGAAUUGAGGAUACGAUGAUACUAAAUGGCAUAUUUUUAUUGGUUGUAGAUGAGUUGACCUCUAAAGAAUGUCUGAAAUAUCAAAAGACCGAAUCAAGGAUGAGGCAGAUUCCUUGGUGGACAGAAAACAACCACCUACCAGAAACUUAUAUCAGGAAAAAAAUAGUUAGAGAAGCUAUUUGA